AUGUCGCGCUUCAGGUCUUCGAACGAUGAUCUGGCCUACGGCGAUAUUCCCCAACGAUGGGAUCGUGAACGAUUCGAGCGAUUCAGUCGCGGCGGCCCUCCCGCACGGUUCGAAGAUGACUACCGCUUCGUCGAACGAGACAGCCCGGGACGUCGCGACAUUGCCGUGGCAGAGCGACGGGAAAGCUCUCGCCCGGGUCACCGAUUCGAAGAGCGGGACCGUUUCUGGGAGGAAGACCGCGUGCGCUCACGACCGCGACGAAGGACUGACAAGGAGCUCUUCGGCGAGGUCGACCCGCGCGAGAUCGCCGAGAUGGCACUUGUCCCCGCUCGGCGGAAAAGUAUCACAAGAGAAGAAUGGGAGUACGACCAGCGAGGUCCGCCAAGGCCUAGUCUCUUGAGGCGUCAGAGUAGUUUGGACACCUUUGACAGACGUCCUUCGCGCGUGGAAAAAGAGGAGUACAGGAUACCGCCAUACACUCCCGUGCCCCUACCCAUUCGCCGCCACAGAGAUGGCUGGGACGAGGCACACUAUUACCGGGAUUACGAGCCGGAAGACUAUCGCGAGGUGGAAAUUCAGCGUGAACGCUCUGUUCACCGACGACGAGGGCCAAAAAGCGAGAAGGCGGCUUCCAAGGCUCCUAGCAGUUCGAGCAGCAGCUCAAGCUCGGCGUUCGAAGAGAUCAAGAGUGUCAAGGCCUCCACAAAGGCGCCAAGCACGAGGGCCCCCAGUACCAAGGCAAAGAGCACGCGAGCUCCCAGUGUCCAUGAAAGCUUUCAUGAGUUGUCGAUACACGAGGACAUCGAGCCUCCAUCGGCACCAACCAUUCACGAAAGCAUCCACGAAACAGCUUUCGAAGAAAGCGUACGCGAAGAAAGACGAUUCAAGAAGGGCAAGACGAGGAUGCCAAAACGUCUUGUGCGACGGGAGGCGAUUAUGGAUCUGGGCUAUCCGUUCGACGAGGAAGACGACUUCUUCGUGCUCAGGAUCGCGCUUGAGAAAGAGCAGAUUGACGAAGUUAUCCAAAUUUCAGAGACGUACAAGGAUGGGGAAAAGAACUCGAAGAAAGUUUAUCGCUUCGAAGAGAACAUCGACGAGGUCGAACCUAUCCCUGCUCCUCCAGUCGGGGAACACGAGGAGAUCGAGCGCACCGAAUGGAUCAAUCCACCUACUAUCGUUGGCGCUCGCUCCCACCGGUCCAAAUCUGUUCGUGAUGCCUCCCCUAGCGUGAGAAGCAGCGUCAGCCGCCGCCAUUCCCCAUCUCGUGCAAGAUCGCGAGCUCCAUCAGGGACCUUUGUUGAGGAACGCAAGACCGUCAUCGAAGAGACCCGCUCACCACCGCCUCCACCUUCGGUUUUCCGAGCACCAUCCGCCCCACCACCGCCCGGACCACCAGAGUUCUACGAGGAGAAGAAGACCGUCAUUGAAGAACGCGUACCAACCCACCAUCCCGGCACUGUUGUCCUAGCAGAGCGCGAGCACCGUUCUGACCGCGAUAUCAAUCAUGAGAUCCGGGCCCUCGAAGCCGAACGUCGCGCACUACGCCUCGAACGAGAAGCGGAAGAGCGCCGCGAUAUGGCUCUACGCCUACGAGAACGCCCCGACGAAGAGUUCCAACUUGUCGAGUACCGCGAUCGACCAAGAGAUGAGCUUGUGAUAUAUGAACGGGAGAGGGAGCGAAGCCCGCCGAGAAAUGUGAUUCGCGUCGAGAAAGAUCGGAAAGGUAGGAUGGCACUGGUUCGGUCUACGCACUGA